GAGCGGCCGAGCGAGCGAUACGGCCGAGCAGUGCGGUGCCGACUCUUGCUGCCGCGGUUGCAGAUCUCACGGUGUGUGUGUGCGCGCGUGUGUUUACACGACCGAGAAAGAGAGAGAGAGGGCGAGUUCGCGCCGUGGAGGCGAGGGCAGGAGAGAUCGACAGAGACAGAUACACACAAAGAGAAAGAGAGAGAACAGCACGGCGAGCAAAGAAUUCGCGAGAAGCGGGAGAAAGCGAGAAGGCAGGCGAAACGCGAAAAAAAGCGUGGAGAAGAGGCGAGUCAUCCGCGGGUAGCACGGCGCGCGCAGUGCACGCGUGUUUCCUCCGUCGAGCACCACACACGUCCUCGGCAAAAGGGGAUCGCGCAACACCGUGAGUAGUACGCACGAGACACGUAACAUUCGCGAGGUAAUCGUCGCGACGUUAUCAAAGCGGCGGCGGCAGCCAACCAACCAAGCAGCCGGUCGAACACAGGACGGGCGAGACGCGCGUCGCGUGACGUCCGACGUGCUCGCGCGGCGCGACCGGCACGCACACGCCGCGAAAAGCGCGAACGAUAACGCGCCUGCCACCCUCACGCCGCCGGGUGCCUUUAACGGGGCGUGGGUGCACAUCACACCGCACGUACUGCACCGCGCCGUACCGCACCGGCGAUGAUGGUGCGGCGGGACGGCGGGUGGUGUGCGUAAUUCAAAAGGUGCGCGCGGCGGCGAGAACAUGACUCGCGACGCGGAGUGCGCGAAUUCGAGGCGACACCGUGCCGUCGUGGGCGAGAGGACGAUAAUAUAAGCGAGAGGAAGGCGGGGGAGUGACGAGAAGUUUGCGAGGUGACGCGAAAGAGAGAGACUGAGACGCGGGGACGAGAGGAAAAGAGAGAGGGAGAGAUAGAUACAGAGAGAAACUCCUUGGAAAUAAAAAGAAGGAAAAAGAAAGUUCCUAAAGCGAGAUAUCCGCGCGGCCAGUGAUCCCGUGUGCGGCUCGCGUGUUGCGCGCGCGUGUCCGCGCCUCCCGGUGAGAGUGUGUGCGAGUGUGCGAGAGGGCCGGGCGGGCGCGCGAGUGGACUCCGGCGAAGGGAAGAGACUUUCGCGGCGGUGGCCGACGAAGAGCAGAGCGGCUUCCGGCCUGUCGGCGCGGAGGCGGCACGCCGGCCGAACGGUUCCACCGAGAGAGAAUGCUCGUAACGUCACCGACGGUCCUUACCGCGAGGGCAACGAUGACGACAUCGCGAGGUCUCGAUUGAGUCGUCGUCGAGGAGGGGGGGCGGGGAGGAGGUGGAGGUAGACGAGCGAAGACUCUUGCCGCGCGUCGUCGACGGCGACCGACUCGCUACGUCGGUCCCGUCGCCGCGACGGUAGCAUCGAGCGAGAAAGAGAACGCGCCGUCUGCUGCGUCGGUGGCGCGAUCGUUAACCAGGUGUUGCUCUCCUCGACUUCGGUGUGUCGGCGAGGUGUGAGCGAGCCGCACUCGCCUGUUUGCCGACGGCGAGCCCCGGCUCGGUCUGCCGUCGGUGGGCCGCGACGAAGAAGAGCGCGAUAAGCCGACGGCAUUUGUCGAGCUCGUGGGAGGUCCGUCGGACUCCCGAGGAAGGCCGAGCCUCGCAGCCUCCGAACCGAUGACUGUUUGCCGAGCGUUGAAGACUGGACGUCGCGUCCCGUGAUUGUCCACGACGGACGGUGACUACUCGCGAGAGAGAGAGUCGCGUUCCCGGGAUCCUCGAAGGAUUCCGCCGUUGUCGUAUCGAUCGAUCCUCCGCCGUAACUAAAUCGUGGAACGCGCGUAACGGAGACGGGCUUUUGUCCUCUGAGGAUCGCGCUCGGCGGAUCACCCGGGGCCAGAGUCGUCGCCCUGCCCAAGGCCGUCCCUAUUAUCGGCGGCGGCGGAGAAGAGGAGGAGACAGAAGUACAACAACAAGCGCCACCGCGGGUAGUGCCUCUCUCGCGCGGCCAGGACGCGGGAAGAAAAAUCCUACGGAGAUAGCCGGUGACGUCACGGUGACGCCGGCCGACUUCCGUAGGCGAGAACGUGACGCCAACCGCCAAGAUGCAGGUAGCAACGCUGUUCAGGGAGAGCGCUACCCUGCUGGGUGCCUCCAGCUUGGACCCCCCGCAGACCCACCAUCACCAGGGUAUGCACCAACCGCAGCAGCAACAGCAGCAACAUCAGCAGCAUCAGCAGAUGCAGCAGCACGCAACCGAUAUGCACCUAGUCGGCCACCACAUGCAGCACCAUUACAAGAUGUCGUACCCGUCACCGGUGCAAAAUGGAGGACCAAACGGCACGACGAUGAGUUGCACGAGUUCUCAAGGGGUGAUGGUGAAGCAGGAGGCGAGGGACGACGGUUACGAGACGAGUCCGGACCUCGAGAUGAGGAGCACCGGCGGUGACAGCAGUCAGCAGUAUCACACGCCGCUGACACCACACACGCCGCACACACCGCACACGCCGCACACGCCCCUCACGCCGAUAUCGGCGACAGCGCAUCAACCCCAGCAGCCGGGCUCGACCGCCUCCGCCCUCGGACAGGUCGCGAUAAAAUGCGAGACGCCGGUGGACCCGUACUCGUUCGUGGACGAGGAGAUGUCGAUGGGCGGCAUGAGGUCGGCGAGCAGUCCAGGCGGCAAUCCCGAGAACAUGACGUGUCCGGGCGGUGCCCAACCUGGGCUGGGUACACCCACGUCGACGCCGCCCGGGGCGCUGCCCGGGCCGCAACAUCAUCAGAUGAAUCUCGUGAUGAACGGCGCCGUCAAUCCCCAGUUGGCGCAUCAGCCGAAGAAGCGAGGCCGCAAAAAAAAGUCGGAGAUGAUACUCACCCCCGAGGAAGCGGAGCUCGCGGAGGCCAAGAAGCGCGCUAAGACGUACAAAGAGAGGAAGAAGCACGACAGGUUCGACGGCAUGCCGGAAGAGGAAGUGAGCAAGCGCGUCCUGCCGGAUCAUCUCACCAACAACCUUGACAUUAUUAUAAUCGGCAUCAAUCCCGGACUGUUCGCGGCUUACAAAGGACACCACUACGCCGGACCUGGUAACCACUUCUGGAAAUGUCUACAUCUAAGUGGUCUCACGCCCGAGCCAUUGACAGCAGACGACGAUUACAAACUCCUGCGCCUCGGCAUCGGUUUUACAAAUAUGGUAGCACGCGCCACGAAAGGCAGCGCCGAUCUCACGAGAAAGGAAAUUAAAGAAGGUAGCCACAUCCUGCUCGAGAAGUUACGAAAGUAUAAGCCAAAAAUUGCCGUGUUCAACGGCAAACUUAUAUACGAGGUGUUCUCGGGGAAGAAGGAGUUUGGAUUCGGAAGACAGCCAAACCUCGUCGAGGGUACAAAUACGUACAUGUGGGUGAUGCCUUCGAGCAGCGCGAGGUGUGCCCAAUUGCCACGGGCUGCCGACAAGGUGCCGUAUUAUGCGGCCCUGAAGAAGUUCCGCGACUAUCUGAACGGCACGAUCUCGCAUCUGGACGAGUCGGACAUCGUCUUCGCCGACUCGAAGCUCAAGAAGAAGGAGCACGAGGCGAUCGAGGACAAGAAGCCGGUGUUCAACGACGACUUGGUGGUCGAUGGCGAGGGCCGCAUCGCGGAGAUCAACGGCACGGGGGUGAAGCAGGAGUCGGGUGUGCAGAUACCUGGCAAGAAAAAACGCGGCAGGCCGAAGAAGAUCAAGAAUCCGGAGGACCAGCCGCCGCCGGAUCCCGAGAAGCUGGACGCGAACGGCGAGGUAAUCAAGAAACGGCGCGGCCGCCCGAAGAAGAUACACCAGCAACAGAAGCAGCUGGAGCGGGAGAACCGGGAGAGAGAGCAGCAGCAACAGCAACAGCAGCACCAGACGAUGGGCCACCUGAACGACGGCUACGGCAACGCGGUUUCGAACUGCUUCUCACCGCCGUUGAUGUCACCACCGAAGACGUUUCCGCACAUGGCUCCGUAUCCUCAACCGAUGAACGACUCCGGCUUCUUCGGCCAGAGCAUGCAGGACAGCAGCCCGUACAACAUGAGCGCGAAGCAGAGCCCGGUGCACCUGCACCAGCACUACAGCCAGAGCCCCAAGUCCAUGUCGUUGUCGUUCACGCACUCGGACUUGUCGUCGGAGAUCAACACCGCGAUCUCGUCGGAGAACAACCUGGAGCCGUCACCGCUUACGUCGCCCAGUGUGGAGCACCCGGACUUCGAGCCGCCCACCAGCAUGUCGCAGCAGAACAUGGGCAACGACCAUCGCCAGUACAACCCUGCCGGACCGGGGCCUGACCCUACCGCCACCGGGCAUCACGGCAGCCCCGGGACACCGUCCCACAACAGUUACGCUAAUUACAUGGGCUACCACGAGCAGACGCCGGAGGCGCACAAUCCGCACCCUCAUCAGACGACGCCGACGCCGCUCAGCCAGACCGCCGAAGAGCACUCCCAUCACUCCCAUCCGACGCCGCCGCACACACACCCGCACACGCCUACCCACGUGGCCUCCAUGUCGCCACACCACCAUCCGCACGAGCAGUACGGUAUCAAGAGGAACUCCGCCCAAGACGUGGCGUCCAAGAGUCUCAGCGACCUGGAGUCCCUCGUGGACCAGAUACCGAGCAUAGCCGAUGGUGGCGGCAGCCAACGGCUGCAACACUCCCACCCGGGCAUGCCGGACGACAGUUUGGCGGAGAAGAUGGACGCUCACCAUCAGUCCUACAUGGCCGGUUUCGGUGGUAUGCAGUCAACUGGCGGGAUGACCAAUUACAGCCCGCCCUUGGCUCCAGGUGGCGGUAUCUAUCCCGGCUCGCUGCACCACUCACCCAGCGACGGCUACGGCAGCUUGUACGGCAUGAACGGCCGUCACCAUCAGGAGUCUCAGCAGCAACAACAGCAGCAGCAGCAGCAGCAACAGCAUCAGCAGCAGCAGCAACAACAGCACAGCAAGUCCUACACGGUGGAGAACCUGGCGUCUAGCAACUACACACCCAGCAUGAACCACGGCCAUCCCGGUAACUCGUACCCCAACAUCAUACCCGGGCCGCACUAUCCGGUGCCGAUGGGCUCCACCAACGGCUACCUGUUCAGCGGUCUCGAGUCAAGCCUGAUGCAACGCACCUACGGGAUCGGCGGCAUGAGCGGCAUGGGCGGCAUGCACCCGGCAUCCGCUCUCGGCCACAUGACCAAUCCGUACCCGUACAAUGGCUCGUACUCGAGUUCCUUCGACGCUUACCCGGCGCCACCGGCUGGCAUACACGCCCCGAGCGCCAAUUACCCCGGCUACGUCGGCACGGCUAGCGCGGCACCCAGCACCACCACCACGCCGCCGUCCUACCUCCCGUCGCACCACAGACCGCCGGUCGACCUCUCCUACGACGGUGUAUGAUAAUCGAUGUAAAGCGCGUUUCUCACCGCCCAACCACACCACCGCCCCUUCGUCAUCCCCCCUCCCUCCCUAGCCCCCCCAUCCCUUCCCCCUAUUAAUCCCCGCCUGCCGAUCGCCUCCCGCGCGCGAGCGACACACGCGCAGCCGCGUUUAUCUUUUCUACGUAUUUUUACACACGUCUAGGCUCGUACUCAACGUCAGGGGCACACCGUCGUCGCGCGUCGUCUCCUCGUCGUCUUCUCGUCGUCGUCUCGUCGUCGUCGUCGUUCCCCCUUGGAAUCGCCCGCGAGCUACUCAAGCGCAAGCGUUGGCGAGAUGCUACUUCGCGAACGCUCUUUCGCUCACUGUCUGUCUGUCUGUUUGUCCGUCUGUCUCUGUGGCGUCUUGGUACACCGAUAUCCCGUGGUACCAUCUCUUCUCUUUCUUCUUCUGUCUAACUUUACACACACACACACACAUUUACACAGAGCGUCUCAGGAUUGACGUAAAGCGAGGUGCACGUGAGGUUGACUUGUGAAAUUUAGAUUUUAUUCUCCCCGAUCGGGAACGUCGACGCCACGGUACUGAUGACGGAUCUGUCAUCCGGUGUUCAAAGUGGACAUUACUCAGAUAGAGUUUGAAUCUCAGCUCUUCUUCAAUGACGCUGAAGAGGAAUAGAUCUUAAAUUUUGUGACGCUGCAUGUUCACCUUGCGUCAAUCAGGGGACAGUCUACGCAACUGUCUUUCAUUUGAACGCACCUCCCCCUCCUGUUCCCUGCUCCUACAUCCUGCUUCUACUUCGUCAUUCUGCCUUUGUCUCUCUCUCUCUCUCCCUCUCCCCCCCUCCUCCUCUCUCUUUUUAAUCCUUUUUCUUUCUUUUUAUCUCGCUCUCGAUAUGCGAUGAUGCCGUGAGUAAUUACGGGCGCGCGGCUCGAGAACGGGAAACUGCUCGUGAAACGCGACCGCAGCGCACGCAACGAAUGGAAAAAAAAAGCCUUUGCUAGAUUAGGUUCGCCGAUCGCGUUCUGUACCGAUCCGACCGUCAAACAAUACACACCUAUAUACCACAUACGCGCGCACGCACGCAAAGACCGAUAACCGUGACGAUAAACGGCGACCUUAACGUCGCGCAGAUCGCGAUUACGAAUUCGGCCGACGUAGCCGAGAGCUGAACAUGUAAUUGCGCUGUGUCCCUUUUUCCCUCCUGCCCCAUCGAUCGCCCGACAUCGAUCAUCGCCGAUUACCCUAUGUACGCUCGAGGCUUUACCUCCGAAACCGUGUUUCCGUGUUUUCAAAGGAUCACAAGAUCGGAAUACGAAGUGCUGCGAGCUUUCGCGCAAAAUAAAGGUGGGAAGGAGAGAGAGAGAGAGAGAGAGAGAAAGAGCGAGUGAGAAUGAGUGAGUGAGUGAGUGAGUGUGUGAGAGGGGGGGAGAGAGAGAGAGAGAUCUGCAAUUGAUACGCCGCCUUCGAAAAGCCGAUAAGAGAUAACGUCGCGGUACAAACUUGGAGUAAAGCACGAUGUGACGGAAAAUCACCGGGUCUUGGAACAGGUGUAAUCUCGAUAGGGUUCGAAUUUCGAUGGCAUCGACGCGAAAUAUUAUCCGCGUUUAAUGAGUGAGUGAAAUGCGCGAAGAUCGAUGCAAGGUGUGCGUUUCUCCUACGGCACCGUUUAGGAUUAGCACGGUAUGCCGAUAUUCCCGAAGAAUAUCCGUGACACCGUGCACCGAUUAGGAAUGGCGGCACCGUUUACUUAUGCGUUUUGUAUACAGCACCUGCGAUUUAUACUAUUGUUGGCUUGUUAUUGUUGUUAUUACUAUAUAUUGCGUGUUUGAUUGUUUAACGCGCGUCUCGGACCGUUAUUACGUUCCUACAUCGUCGGAACAGUUGGUCUUUAUGCCCCUCGAUAAAUUGGUUGCUCGAUCAGUUUAACAUGGAUAAGAUAUACGUGAAAUAUUAUUGUUUUCUUCUUUCUGUUGAAGAAGAAGAGCGAUAUUCGCACGAUUUUUCGAACUUUUAACAUCAAAGGGGCCGCCGAGUCGUCACACUCGGACGGGCAAGUCGGCUAGCACAAUUUUCAUCCUUCGCGAGAACUUGAAAAGUAAUGUUGCACGAUGAAGACACCGAGUGCAUCGUGUUUACGAGAUCGAUAUUGUCUCUCUUCAUAUCCUCAGAAUACGCUAUCGUUGUCCCAAACCGCGGUUCUUGUGGUGUUAACUGUCACUCUUCGCGCCGACUGUGUCUCUCACGGGAAGUAUGAAGUAUGAAAAAUUCACGGGAGAAUCGAGAUCCUUGUGAAAAAAAAAAAACGUACAACUCUAUCGUGUCUCCGUCAGUCCACGUUCGCGAUUAUACAGUUAUAGGCAGAGCAAUUGAUAUCGGUGUAAUUUUGCUGAUUUCACGUUUGAAUAUCAGAGAUGCGCGACAACGAUCUUGAUAUUUAAUCGCGUGUACGCGAGACGCGCGCGCGACACUCGGCAACUUGAGGGUCCCGUUCUCGCGGGUGUGUUCGCGUACCCGCGGCGUCGAGGAGGGAAUUGAAUUCAUGAAAUUAUUCCGGUCUGAAUUUUCGGCGAUAGAUUAAGAACGCGGUCACCGAUCAAUCGUCUACGUUUUUGCGCUCAACGUGUGUGGAAGCAUCGCCGGUCACUUACCUCUUGGUUAACAACGCGUUUGCGUCAACCUCCACGAGCGAGCGAGCGGAUCUUCUUUGUUCCUGCGAACAAAAGAUACGCUGUUGUUUAUCUCGCUCGUUUGAGUUUCGUUUGUCUCGUUGCCACAUUGUCGUUUUCAUUUGAAUUUCGCUUAAUUUUCCACGAUUCGUCGACGAUGUACUCGUUUGUUGAGCGAUCGUUCCGACGAAAAUCGCUUCUUCGUCGAAUCAUUACAACAACAGGUUUCCCGGGUCAACCGUUUGAGUGAAAACUGCAAAUGUUGAUUUUCACCAAGCGGCCGUUCAACAAUAUUUACCUCCUCUGUUCUGUACACGAAAGCUUACGAGCAAUAAACGGCGAAUCGCUGGGCCGAAUCAGAUUGUAUUAGCGAGUGCGACACAAAGCCGAAUCGGGAAGGGUUGCGACCAGCAUGUGCCAUAACCGAGAACUCAGUUGACACUCUGAGUGCAAAACCAAAGGGAAUCGUGACUUUUGCGCCAUAGGAAGAAGCCAAAAUAACGGGGAAGACCGUACGUUUCCCCCGUAACAACCCGGCCCCGACGACUUUCAGACGCGUGUUUGACUCUCAUAAGGUAGACCGAUUUUCGUAGCAAUCGGCUUUUGCUUUAAUCGAAUUUUCGCGUGUACAUUCCUGAUCGAUAGCUGACAAAAAUAGACUUGCCUGAUGCUUGCACUCGAGGCCGCAACUGCAGUUCAAAGCAAAAGUGUCGAAGCUCUUCCGAUUCGCGAGACGCGAUUCGGCCCUCCGAUCGCGUCAAAACGGCUGAGAGAGCAUCGAACGCAACUUCGUAGGAAGGGAACUCCACCGUCUCGGCAGACCUGAAUGCAAAGAGAAGAUAUCAUCGAGCUGCGAACUGCGAGCCACGCCCCGUUUGCGCUCACCACUUAUGUGAGUUUCGUGGGCUUUUUUAACAGAGUAAAUAUUAAUCGUUAUCGUCAUCGUAUCGUUAAGGUUACUGCACAUAGUAAGGCGAAGCCAGCCGAUUGCGCCGGUGUUUCCUUAUAAUCGUAGGAAACAGCCGCUUUUAUCAAUGUCGGUCGGACUUAACACCGCAGUUCAAUCCUUAUAUCCGGGCGAAUUCUUUCCCGACUACGCGGUCUUGUCUCCCUUAUUUCUUGACAUGCAAGCGUUGCACAAACCGUGUUACAUGUGAGCGAAUAGGAUAAAAUUCGUAGUGUGCGGGUGCGAUUUUUGUCAAAAGAAUCGUCGCAUAGUAAAUAUCGCUUGCUUAAUAAUUUUUUAAGCAUUAAAAGUUUCUCUUGGAUGCGUCCGACUCUCGCGACUCUCGGAUGAAGAAGAGUGACUUCUUCAUCUCCUUCUGGGACCGGAAGGGGAGGAAGGAUCGAUUGCACCGCGGUAGACAUUUGUAACCGACGUUGGCAGAACCGGCCUUUUUAACGCGUGCGGAAUAGUGAUCCGCUGACGAUCGACCGAAUUAUAAUAUUUGAAUCUAGAAGUCUAAGUAAGAACACCGGCGCAACCGGAUACCGAGCUCACUUAAAUGUAAGACGUAAGUCCUAACGGGAGGCAGAAGGAAGAGACUACUCGUACGUUUGUUUAUCACGCCCGCCACACUUUCGUACCUCGCGCCCGCAACAGCCAUCGCCGUUCUCGUUGCAACUCUGAUUAUUAUUUAUCGUUAGAACUCGAUAUCGCUGUGGAGUUACAUAUGUUACUGUCGUUAACAUAGUCGCGUUACGUUGUCUCGUUAAUUAUAUUCUGUUAUGCGUUUCGCAUUGCCGAAAGUCACUAUAUAUUAAAUACGAUCAUAACACGAACAUGCAAAUGUACACGCAUACACACGCAACACGUGUACACACGUACAAUUACACUUACACUCAGUCGUAUAGGUAUUAAUAGCUGGCAUUAUUAAAUCGACAUCCUCCUUUGUCGCUGACCGACGCUGUAAAGUGACGCAUCUGGCAUGAUUAUAUAAAUAUAUAUAUAUAUAUACAGAUAUAAAUAUAUAAAUAUAUAAAUAUAAAUAUAUAUAUAUAUAUAGAUAUUAUAAAUAAACUCUAUAAAUAUAUUAUAUAUUGAAUAUAAAUAUGUAAGGAUAAGCGCGCGAGAGCAACACACACAUAGGAUGUGUCGAGACAUUUAAGAUGAUGCACAGGGUAUAGAAUGAAGAAUCGUUGAUAUAAUAACUGAUGUCUAUAUUAUUAUAGAUGUUUCUUUCGUUCCAUCGGCCUCAAACGCACUCACACGCGAGUCACGCGAGUACGUACGUACGCGAUCGAAGUAUUGUAGUAGAUGUUUUUCAGAAUCCAAUCCGACUCCGGGCGGCGGCCAAGAAUAUAGAUGUCAUGUCGGUGUGUUAGUCCGCGCAAACGUUCAUCGAUUCGAAAUGCGAGAGGGACGAGGAUUAAAAUAUGUAUUCCCGCCGGUUCUCCCGACCGAGAGAGAGAGAGAGAGAGAGAGAGAAAGAGUGAGAGAGAGAAAGAAAGAGAGAAAGAGAGAAAGAGAGAGAGAGAGAGAGUUGAGACCGGCGAGAUCCGCCAUCACUAACUAAUUAAUUGACUCUUCGAUUAAUCAAAUUAACUGAUUGUAAAUUGAUCGCUAUAAGGGACUUUAUUAUUAAGUAUAAAUAUUAUAUAUUAUACAGAUAUAUAAAAAAAAAGGUGGAUUCGCUGUUGAACGUGUCGAAUAAACAAAGCAAAAAACAAAAAAGAGAGAAACAAAAUCCAGGAGUAAGUGAGCGAGUAAGAGAGCUUGGGCCGGCACUCCGGCCUCCGACAUAUUUUUUAAUCGCUUCGAACCUCUAUUAUUCUACCUACUAAUUAAACGUAAUAGUGUAUCUACGUGUGCGUCCGAACGAUCGGUCGAUCCGCCGCCCCGUCACCGUCGCUCAUCGCCGUUGUCGUCGAUCGGAUCGCGAUCGCUCGGGCUAAUCGAGAUGUGUUCUGUAUUCGAAUUAACGAAUGUACUUCUCGAAUAUUCAUCGCUCCUACGAAUGUGUCGCGGGAAGGAAGGGUGACGGAUGCUCGACUUAGAAAAUUUCUGCUCCUUGCCGCCCGACCCCGUAAGCCGAACACGCAGAUCUCCUUCGAGAUGGGGGGGACGUUUCAUUUGGGUGCUCAAUGGAUACACCCGAGUAUCCCGCAAUACUCUGUAAAUCUGGAUGUCCGUCAGUACUAUGAUGUCAAUGCUACGACACUUUAUGUGAAAAUAAAUUGUUACAAAUACACUACUGAUAUAUAAAUCCGAA